AAAAAAAAAAAAUGGCUGCAAAUAAUAAAUUGCUAAUAUUAUGUGCAAUAAUCUUAUAUUGUACGGAAUUUACAUAUUCAUGGUUAAAGUUCAAUAGUUAUACGACUCGAAAACGAACCGAUUUAAAAAGAAGAUGCCCAAACGUACGUGCUCUACGUAAUUUUGAUUUAGAAGCUAUGAUGGGUUUUUGGCACGUUAUUCAAUAUUAUGCAUCUACCGAAGAACUACCGGAAUAUGCCUGCAUGCACAGUCACUUUACAUUCUCUAGUGACGAUCAUCAUAUCACUAUGAACUUUACAUAUAUUUUCGCUGAGGACCCAAUGAAGGAAAAGUUACAAGGGAAUAUCACUUGGCAAAUACCAGAUUUUAAUACACCUGCCCAUUGGAUGCAUACUGAAGACAUUUACGAAGGUAUCUACAACACCUAUGUUCUGGAUACGGAUUAUAGAACUUGGGGCUUAAUCAUGCACUGUGCUGAAAAGAAGAAACAUCCUCGUUAUCUGUCUGCGCUUUUGCUAUCCAGAGAACCUCAGCUGGGUGAUAAUGUGAUCAACUUUUUGAGGGAGAAAUUACCGCGAUACGAUAUUGAUUUAUCGUUUAUGUUUCCAAUCAAUCAAAGUGCCUGCGACAACCUAAAGGCGAACAGCGAUGAUAACAACUUGGCGUACACAUUAAAUGGUCGUAAGAAUGCCGAAAAUACUCUAAAAAUUAUGUUAAAACACUAA